AUGGCCGAAACCAACACGGACGUCCAGGCCGUUGAGAGGGAGGCGUGGAGGGUACUUGGAGAAGGGUGGAGGCGAAUGGCGGAGAGGGGAGGUGCAGACGACCUCCUUCACAUUGACUGCCACCCUUCGUCUGAAUGGCGACACCCGAUUUGUCCCUUCGACGGGAGAUGUGCAGCGGAUGCUGACGACCAUUGCAAUAUCAUCACGACGCCAUUCCUUCAUUGGGUGCCGGAAUUCCCGAGGAUCGCAGGCCGCGAAGUCGUCACCUAUGAAGACGGCUUGUGGGUCCUCAGGAAUACACGCGUUGGCCCCAGCUCUUCAACGAGAAGGCCUUUCAUCACGCGUGCAUCCCCAAGGCCGGUUCUCGUCGUGUGGGGUCCCGGGUUUGGAUUUCUAAAGCCCGAGCUUCUAGAUGAGCUUUUCAGGAUCGCCUGCGACGUACUACGACGUUACGAUGUCGCCGCCGGAUCUGCCAGUACGAACGUCGCCAGCGUCGAGCACACUGCUCCCGAUCUCACCCUCGGACGCAUGCUGGGGUUGCUGCUGCGAAAUGCAGUUGACCGACUGCGUCAGGUGCCCACUACGGAGCGACACGCUCUCGUGACCGGCCGCUUGGCCCAUCGCAUCAUUCUCGAACUCUCCGGACUUACAGUGUACUACAUUGUCGUCGUCGGGCGCAUGCACGACCUGCGGUGCUGGUCGCCUCUUUUUCGUCUCGGCAUCCCCUUCUGGUUCAUUCAGCCCUGGAGAGAGGGUCUCUCAAUCCGAGAGGUCGUGUCAUUUCGCUCCUGGGCCCGUGAGCUGAACGACCAGCCCGCUUCUCCGCGCAUCCCGAAGAGCUGGUACGAUCCGGACGGUACACAUCAAGAUCCCGCUCGGUGGACUCACGCAUCCCUCGUCUAUGUUUGCAACACUCUGUGCUCGUCGUCGUUGCCCCAACUGCAGAUGAUUGUUCGACCAGAGGCGGCCGAGCGAGAAGCGAAACGCGCCAAACGUGACGAUGACACUCCGCUCUUCCCACCAGCCCAAUCCUGCCUGCCAUCUGCUCCCAUCCCGAAGCACAACCCGAAGAAGCGCGGGAAACGCUCUCGCGGAACGCGUGCGGGGCCGAAAGCCGUCGUCUCGUCCCAUCCUGCCACCCACUUUAAACCACCGCCGAGCGACGUCGCCGUCAUCCCACCAAAUUGGCGCGCUGCCCUAGUCGCCGCUUCACCUCUGACGUUUCCUCCCCUCCACAAGCCACGUUACAUUCACAACUUCGUGCGGAUUCGUGACUUUCUAAGUCACCGGUUGGUCGACGCGCACGUUUCGGGUGCGCCCUUGCGGAUCUCAGAGUGGCGACAUGUCCUCUACGGCGAUUAUCCUGUGGUAGAGCCGCGAGCGACGCCGCCCGCCCGUGCCCCUGAAGGCUCCAAGGAGAGCACCACUGACUCUGCGCCACGUAAUGGCCUUCAGAUCCUGCGUGCAGAGAGACGGGCAGCUGUCGGUGCCCUGUGUGGCAAAAUCGGUGGCUUGUUGCCAUAUGAUGAGGCCGCCGUCGUCCAGUAUCGUGGCAUGGCAGUCGACAUGGUAGCGGCAAGUCUGAAGCGGGAUGUCUUGCGGUGGAUCACCUGGGAGUUGUACGAGGUCAAUUGGCGCUGCGAAUUGCGCGCACUCGACCGAUGUCUCGUUGACCAUAGCCAGGACGCGUUCUUGAAGUGGGAGCGCGAGCAACUCAUCGCGGACGUGUGGCGUGGCCCGACGAUACAAUCCGGCUUCUCAGCAGUCGUAGUUGCCGAUUCAUUCCCCUGCUGGACACCCGCCGGCGAAGCUCACUGGCGAGAGCGGCGCACCAACCUGCGCGCGUUCGUGUCCCUCAUGAGUGUGUGGCCCGACUUCCCUCUUUCGCUCCGAGGAACCAUGACGGACAUCGCCAAUUGCGAGAACACCUACGAGUUCUCGCAAACCGAGGCCGCUGCGAUCCGGUUCUAUGUCACGACCUUCACUGCUCGUUUCCACCGUCUUCCCUGCCCGCCCGUGAUUCGAGUUUUCUAG